GCCCGUCUCGCUGGUGUGCGCCGCGCGCCGCGCCGACGCGCCGGUGAUCGCGCUCAACCGCGAGUCCGACUUCCCCGACGGCUCUUGGCUGGGCGACGCGGCCAACCCGCACAUGCGCGUCCGCUGCAAGAUCCACCCGCUCGAGAUGACGCGGCUGUCGCGGCACUGCGUGUCGGCCGAGAAGCUGGCCGUCACGCUGCUGGACCACCUGUUCCCGCGCGAGGUGCUGGCGGAGUCGAACAUCUCGGGCCGCGGCCGGCACUGCAAGAAACAGCUCGACCCGCUCAUGAUUUACGGUAUUUACUGUCAUCUCGUCACGCAUCAUAACGUCACGGAGAAGGAGUGGCAGCGGAUCAAGAACAACCUGGACGCCAAGUGCAGGAGCAUGUGGAAGCGCAAACAGCGUGGCAAACCGCUCGGCAUGGGCAAAUACGUCAACAAGCAACCGAGGCGGUGGACGUGCGUGGACGAGCCGGCGGCGGCGGUGCAGUCCGGCUCGCCGGGGCUCGUGUUCUCCGACGACGCCGGUAUGGUGGUGAUGGAGACGAUGCCGGUCGGCGACGUCGUGGAGGUCGAGCACGCCGACUACCUCAACACCAUGGAGCUGGCCGACUUCAGCAGCGUUAAGGUGAUACAGACGUCGAUGGCCGGCUCUGUCCGACUGCUGGGCGGCGACAGCUCUGACCUCCUGUCCUCCAACAACGUCUCGCUGCACGAGGCGAGUGCGCGGGGCGACACCGAGCGGCUGCAGGCGAACAGUCGGCAGUUCCGCGCCGUCAUACGCGAGGACCCAAUGGACGGCAAGCAGCAGCGGCUCGUGUUCAGCAGCGUCAACGACUAAGGCGCUGCGAGACACCAGCAGGGGGCUGUGGGAGCGGAGACUGGGGGAGACGUCGGCAGGGACCAGGGCCUGGGGACGGGGCGGCUGGAGCGGCCUCUCCGCUCGGCCGAGUGGUCGGUCCAACCGCGCCGCCCUGGGGCGUUAUCCGCACGCUUGGUCUGGGGCCACGGGGACUGUUUUUGAAGCACGGUGACCAACCGGGAAUUGCUAUCAGGGGCCUGCAGAUGUCAGUCGUGUCCGGACUUCGCGGGAACGUGGCGGGACGCUGUGAAAUCCCGCCUUCGGGGAGAUGGCGACGGAGCGUGCCGGAAGCCGCGGCGGCAGACGCGAGCCAGCAGGACAUGAGUCGCACCAGAGCGGCCAGCUCGGGCCGAUCGCCGCGCAUCUGCCCGCUUAUCCGUAUCAAAACCCGUUGGAAAGGUGUCGUCACUGGCUACUGAUCCCGAUCCCGUGUCUGGAGUCGCCUGUCCCGACCCAGCCCCGGUUACAGCCGGUACCUGAGUGGUGCGGGUCUUGUCCGUCGGCGCCUGGAUGUUAGACUAGUUCGUGUCGCCUGGCUGUGUGCCUGUCGUCUGUGGUUGGCGUUCUCUUGCGUAGCGUCGCUGAGCAGGCGCGGCGGAAAGUCGGUGGCGCCGCCAAAUAUAUCGACACCAGCAC